AUGUCAUCAUUGUGCUAUGCUCUUGCUCAUAAUAAGCCCGUCCUGAAGCCAAGUACCAUCAAUCAUGAACAGUGGUAUACCGCCAUGGCAAGCAAUCGAGCCUCAAGACGUCAUCCUGAAAGACCUAAAAAUGAGGUAGUGGUGGUUGAGUCACCACUACACUCACUAUCAAGUCCCACCUCAUCACUUGCAGACGCAUCUAUUGUUAUAUCAGAUGUAUCAUCACCACCAACUCAAUCAGAGGACAUAAGCCUGAAAGCACACGCCGGUGAUCUCGAUACCUUUGUACCGAAGCGAUUUGAUUAUACUAAGGUGGAGUUCACAAGAUUGCCUGGUUUUACUAAGCAAAUCGGAAGAGCAGUAAAUCGGUUGAACUCACCUAUAUGGGAUCGUGGUGUGCUUAUCGAAGAAAUCGAGACUAAUAACCAUUAUUGGCUAUGCUUAGAAUGCUACCAAAAACAGGUGAAGCAGAAGCACCAUUGGCCGAUUAAGAAUGGCACAAGCAACGUUACUAAAUAUAUUCGAAAUCGGCAUAACGAGGAGUUCAGAAAGGAGGAUGGUGGUUGGGUACAAUUGCAGAAUCGAGGUUCAACACCAGUAUCAGAUCUUGAUAUAGAUCCGGUGCAAAAGCAGGCAGUUUUGAAUCACUUAGCGACGUCAUUUGACAAUCAUAACUUCAGAAACUUGGUGGUGAGGUGGAUUGUCGAUACCAAUCUCGCGUUUAGGCAGGUGGAUAAUAAGGCUUUUCGAGACCUGAUCAGGUAUCUGAACAAUCGAGCGUUGGUACCUCAUCACACCACAUUGAUCAGCUGGAUUAACAAUGCGUACAAGCUUCACAAGAUGAAGGUGGUGGAGCACUUACAUCAGGCUACCAGUCGGAUCCAUAUUGCCUUCGACCUUUGGUCAUCGAAUAACCAUCGUUCAAUGAACGGCAUUAUUGCGCAUUAUCUGGAUGCGUCAUAUAAGCCUCAAGCAAUCCUUCUUGCUGUGCCUGAACAAACUGAGUCACAUUCUGGUGUAGAUGUGGCUGCAAAGGUGAUUAAAGUCAUUGAAGACUUCGAAAUUCAAGGAGAUCAUCUUGGCUGGUUUAUGGUUGACAACGCAAGUAAUAACGACACUGCAGUCGAGUCAAUAGCUUCUUACUUUGGCUUAGAUGCUGUUGAACGGCGCCUUCGAUGUGCAGGUCAUAUCCUGAAUCUAAUUGCAAGAAGUCUCUUAUAUGGCUUUGAUAAGAGACUUUUUGCGCAGGAUUCUGAGAUGAUGGAUCUUCAGGAUCAGUUAACUUACUGGCGCCGAGCAGGACCUAUUGGAAAAGCUCAUAAUCUUAUUGCCUGGACUUAUGCAAGUCCUCAGAGAGUUUGGCGAUGGCAUCAGAGUCAAAUUGAUUAUCUAUCACAUAUCCUGAAAACCACCAAUCUACAAUCUUUUAAACCUCGAGAGCUUUAUCGAAGCAAUGACACACGAUGGAACUCAGUUUAUAAUGAACUCAAAAUGUUAAUUGAGCAUCGUGCGCAGUUUGAACACUUUAUUGACUCAGAACGGCAAAGAAACGAUCCGGGUGGCUUCACCACCAUUGCAGAUGAUAUCUUAGAUGCGGAUGACUGGGCUAUCUUAGCUCAAUAUAUGAAGCUACUUAAGCCAUGCUGGGCUGCAAUAAUGGAUCUUCAAGGCUACAUUCAAGAUGGCAAGUCCUCAAGUCUUGUGAACUAUAAAGAUGCUCCGAAAACCUCACUCGAAGGCGAAUGGCACUUUGCUACACAAAUCCGGCUUGCCUUAGAUAAGGCUGAGGCAUAUUAUGCAAAGCUUGAUGACACCACUGUGUAUCUUGCAGCACUGGUAUUACAUCCAUCAUAUAACUGGCGCUUUGUGGAGCGACGAUGGCACAAGCAAGUGAAGUGGCUGAAGGCAGGUAAGGCUAAAUUAAAGGCCCUCUGGCAAGGUACAUAUAAGCACGUUGAGACAUCAGUCGAAUCACCUCAAAAACCAAGGCCAUAUGAGCCAAAUAUGAUGGAGGCAUAUAGGCUGAAAACCCUCGCUGAGAUUAAGGCACAAGCCUCAAAAGCACCAAUUGGCCUUGAUGAGUUCGAGCGGUACCUUAUGCAGCCAUUGGUUACCACUGAUAAGCCGAUUGAGUGGUGGUCCACCACUGGAUGCAUCGAAUAUCCAUAUCUGACCAAAAUGGCAUUGGAUAUGCUGUCAAUACCUGCGAUGAGCGAUGAGCCUGAACGCUUAUUCAGCCGAUUAGGUCAUAUGGUGACCAAGCACCGCAACCACCUGAAGCCUCAAACGAUCCAAGCGACUCAAUGCUUGCAAUCAUGGGCUAAGGCUAAGAUUAUAGAUUUAAAGGCCUCAGGUGGAUCAAUCCGGAUAAUCCUAGUGGAUUAUCCAGAUCCGCCAAGAGACCCACUUGGGAGUCGGAUCGCUGAUCCGAUCCAUCCAAUCAGCACACUGACUUCGGUCGGUUUUGUUGAUACUCUCUUGACUGCAGAUGAGGCUGAGCAGUCUUACUGGUCGGAAAGCACACAAAAAGCUCUAACAGAACUGCAUAGAGCUGCAAUAUUGUGCAACGACGCAGUAUUUGACCCUGCUACCAUCCAUGCCCCUGUCCGUGAUAGGGCUGUCUUGGGGAAUAGCACGGACGCGGCUGUUCUUCGAUUUGCAGAACAAAUCAAGCAGGGGAAACACGUUUCUACGGAAUAUCCGCGAGUCUUCCAAAUUCCAUUCAAUUCAAAGAACAAGUGGAUGCUCACAAUGCAUGCGCAGGGAGGCAAACCUGACGACAAAUGCGUAAAUUACUUGAUCUUGAUAAAAGGCGCACCAGACGUCCUUUUGCCAAACUGCACACAAUAUUGGUCUUACAAAGACAAUAUGAUCAAAGAAAUCGAUGCAGAAGCUCGCGAUCGAUUCACGAGGUUGCAAAAUACGCUGUCAAAAAAUGCGGAGCGUGUAAUUCUUUUCUGCCAGCGUGCCUAUGAUACAACAUCCACUUUACAAUCGAAUUCUCUUGGGGACGAACUCAUGGAACGCUGUUUCCAAAAUUUAACCAUCAUUGGAGUUCUUGGCGUAUUAGACCCACCUAGACCUGAAGCCAGAGCAACUGUUCUUGCGUGUCGUAAGGCCGGCGUCCGCUUUUUCAUGGUCACCGGUGACUACGGACUUACUGGUGCCGCUAUUGCGCGUAGAAUCGGCAUCUUCACAGGAGAUAGAAAUCCUGAUUCACUGAAAACAAUUAAAGAUAUGCGGAAAAAUGCUAAUGGAAAUAAACAACAUUCAAUGCACAGCACCACGAGCCUACUUCUGGAAGGACAUGAGCUUUGGGAUAUUCCUGAUGAUGCUUGGGACAUUAUAUGCGGUUAUGAAGAGAUAGUUUUCGGCCGCACAACCCCAGAGCAAAAGCUAAGAAUUGUCAAUGAGUUUCAAAAGCGAAAGUACGCUGUGGCCGUCACUGGUGAUGGCGUUAAUGACGCUCCAGCUCUCCGCGCAGCCGACAUAGGCAUCGCAAUAUCAGGUGGCAGUGAUGUAGCCAUGGAAGCCGCAGAUCUGGUUUUACUUGGCGGUCUCGAGUCUAUUGUUGAAGCAAUCCGUUUGGGAAGACUCGUGUUCCAGAACCUUCAAAAGGUCAUUAGCUACUUGCUACCAGCCGGUAGCUGGUCAGAGAUUUGGCCUGUACUGGUGAAUGUCUUUCUUGGAGUGCCUUUACCACUUAGUUCGUUCCUUAUGAUUAUCAUUUGCGUUUUUACGGACCUGUUUCUCAGUUUGAGUCUUAUUAUGGAAAAGGAAGAAUUCGACCUGCUCACAUUACCUCCACGCAACCAUCGGAAAGACCACUUGAUCAACAUGAAGAUCUAUGCACAGUCAUAUCUCUUCAUUGGUGUUAUGGAAACUGUCAUUGCACAUAGUAUGUUUUUCUACUACAUGAAAAAGCAUGCUGGCAUUCCGUUCCAUGCACUUGUCUUCCUCUUCGAAGGUUAUACGGAAGGAUUCUACGGAUACACACAGGAUCAACUUACCUUUUUCAAUACUCAAGGCCAGUGCGUAUACUUCGUCACUCUCGUUAUUCUGCAAAUUGGAAACAUUCUGUCAAUCCGCAACAAAAGGAUGUCAAUCCUUCAGGCCGACCCUAUACGGAAGCAGAGGCGCAAUCCAUGGCUUAUCUUAUCUGUCAUGAUCGCUUUGGCUAUCGCAAUAUUUGUCACCGAAGUGAAAGGCAUUCAAGACUUAUUUGGGACAACAUCCGUUCCAAUUGAGUUUUGGCUUCUUCCUCUACCGCUUGCACUUGGCAUCUUGAUGAUGGACGAAAUUCGCAAACUGAUAGUUCGGAUUUCCCCAAAAGGUCUACUAGCGAGAAUAGCUUGGUAA